CAGAUGAGACGGUGCACGCGCCCUGCCGGCGAGAUGGUCGCGCGGAACAUUAAUCAACCAGCCCCUAACGCUCACAUAUAUCUCUUGCAGUAAAACUCCCAGCGCUUCUCAUCUCGUCAGUGAGUCGAGAGUUCCAAGAUGAAUUCCACCGAGACCAGCUUCGAUUUCAAUCGAUCAACACCAAUAUUCAGCAUCGGCACAAAUUUCAUUACCCAAUGGAAAAUUCAGAAGCUGAAACAGAAAGCCUGCGCCUACUACUCCACGUACGAGGAAUGCCAGACCAACGUUCUUCUCAACAACGUUACCAACAUAACCGGAAUGUAUAUUUACAAUGGCAGCAUUGAGAGCAUUUUCAUCGACCCAAGUCCGCCAGAAGUGAUCCCGCCUUUCCCGUUGUGGAUGGCAAUUAUCUUCGCCACGUGUUUGGUGAUGGUGAUCCUGCUCACCGUCAGUGGUAAUGUGCUGGUGCUACUCGCUUUCCUCGUUGACAGAACAAUACGUCAGCCAAGUAACUACUUCAUCGCGUCCCUAGCUGCCACCGAUUUGCUGAUUGGAACUUUAUCACUCCCGUUUUACACCGACUACGUAUUAAAAGGAUAUUGGCAUCUUGGACCACUUCUUUGCGACCUCUGGCUAUCAGUUGAUUACACAGUAUGUCUAGUGUCUCAAUACACUGUACUACUAAUUACGGUCGACCGAUUUUGUAGCGUCAAAAUAGCAACUAGAUACAGAGCAUGGAGAACCAAGAACCGAGUCAUCUGGAUGGUCACGGUGACGUGGUUGAUACCUGCUAUACUAUUUUUUACAACCAUAUUUGGAUGGGAGCAUUUCGUUGGCUACCGAGAUUUACAAGAGGGCGAAUGCGCAGUACAAUUUCUAAAAGAUCCCGUUUUCAACACUGCUUUGAUUAUAGGGUACUACUGGACCACGCUUUUUGUUUUGAUUAUCUUGUACGCUGGGAUUUUCAAAACAGCGUACGAUAUGCAAAAGAAAAGUGAAGCUAAGCAGAGAAAAAUGCAGUCUAUGGUGGCUUUGAGUGCCGGAGUUAUGUCAGGAAUGGCUGGACGAGCAGCUGGAGUAUCAGGACUGUCGAACACAGGAAUAUCCAGUGAGGAACAAGUUAAAGCAUCUGAUGUAAUUCGUAAAGACUCCACAUCAAAAGGAUCGUUAGCAGCUCCACUUCUCACGUUAGGUGGCUCGACUGACUCGAACUCUAGCCAGAAGUCGUCUGCACAUAAAAGCAGUGCUACUGGUACAAACACAUCAACAACCGCUGAUUCAGAUGAGAGAAAAGAGGACCAUGUAGAACAAGAGAGAUCGAGUAGCCCUGCAUUUGAUUCCGAUGACGAAAGUACUACUCAAUCUAACAUCAAAAAGCGACCUUCUGUAGCCAACUUAGUAAUGCAGACGGGAGCAAUGCAGUUACUUAACAAUAUGCGAUUUAGUGGGGGAGUGCUGAUCAAGACCGAUUUGAGGCAAUCCCCUUUUGUGAAAAAUGAAUUAACAAAACCACAGACCUCUCUUUCACAAAUUUCUGAAAAAAGCUUACUGGACACAGACAACUACGACACACUAAGCCAUGGCCAAUCUUCCGUACCCGCUGCACCCCUCUCCACAGUCAGCUUCAUGUCUCCGUCUUCAUCAGGCAUCGGAACACCGUCCGACCAGCGCGAGGUAUCAACUACUAUUUUUCAAAGAAUCAUCACUCCUCCAUCAGAAUUCAGAUCUAGUCCAUCCAUUUCGGAGAGCCCCCCUUCUUGUUCAGAAUCAUCUAGAACUGGUAGAACGAGACUGGUAAAAGGUGACGGUACCACGUAUGACGUGUUAGUUGGCUUAGACGGUGCAGAUUUUCGAUAUAUGGACGAGAGCUCUGUCAUCGUACCGUCUCCUACUUACGAAAGUCCUCCAUCAUCAAUGACAUUUCCUACCGCGACUGAACCAUCUUCACCUCCGAAUCAAAAUUCUGGUAACGUAACGAAUACGUCAUUAUUGCAGGCUGCUCUCAUAAGAGCGACCGCAGAAGCCCAACUGACUCCACCCAAAAGUAGUAGCUCGCCUCCUCAGCCAAUAAAGGUUAACACCGAGGUAAGUCUCACAGCGGGCGAGCGGCCCAAGCCAGUGAUCACUCUCGUGGCGUCUACCUCCAACAAUAAUGAAACAAAGUCCACGAAGCGUUCCGAACUAAAAGAUUCUCCAUUAAAACUUAACCCCACGUUAAGCCCCGCUGUAGAAACUAGUGACAUAUCCACAAAUGCUGUAACUGGGUCGAGCCGAAGCAACUCUAAGAAAGAGUUCGUAAAAAGCAUAGGAAAGAAAUUAAAAGUUAAGCGAUCGAAACGGGACGGCUUUUUUCCGAGCAUCGGGCGACAAAAAUCGAAAUCGGAAAAUCGAGCUAGGAAAGCAUUCCGAACGAUUUCCUUUAUAUUAGGGGCGUUCGUUGUCUGUUGGACUCCUUACCAUAUCCUAGCACUUGUCGAAGGAUUUUGCACUAAUCCUCCGUGCAUCAACAAACACUUUUAUAUGUUCUCGUAUUUCCUGUGCUACGCGAACAGUCCUAUAAAUCCGUUUUGCUACGCACUGGCCAACCAGCAAUUCAAAAAAACAUUCACAAGACUACUACGAGGUGACUUUCACAUCACCUAGUCUAUGUACAUAGGUCACAGAAACGCGUGAAUCUAGACAAGACAUUCGUCUGAAUCUAUUACGCGUACAAUUGUGAUAUUUAUUAAAAAACAAUCUUACAAUAAGACAAUACAAGUAUUAAAAGAAGUCUUCUAAGCUUUUGAUGUGUAGGAACACUGUAUGUUAACAUGUGCUGAGUGUAUGAUGCGUAUGCUUUAUAAAAGCAAAAUCUGUUUGUAAUUAAUGUUGUAAUAUUAGUGUUUGUAAAUUUUCUUUCAUCUGAAAUGUUCAGAAGUGACAAUAAAUUCUUAUUAAUCAUGUAAAUAAAGGUGAAAAUCGAGUCUCUUCAUAUUUCUAGUCUGUAAGGGAAAUAUCAGUAACGAUAUCUUUUAUAGAUCUGUAUUAGAUUAUGAAAAAUUAGUCAAAUAAGCGAAAUUGAAUGUUGAAAUGCUGUUGAAAAAAUCGUGGAAUCUCAGAAAAUAAUGUGGUUUUUUAUUCUUUUUCUUUAUCGUAUUUUAUAGAUAAUGCUAUAAAGCUUUAAGCUCAGAGCCCAGCUAAAGCUUUUCAGCGUUUGAGGUCUUUGCGUAAGUACUUUAUCGGAAUCAUUUUUGUUGGCCUAAUAAUGUAAGUUAAGUAUAUUAUGUGGUUAGUGUAGUGUUAUUUAUUAGUCAUACUGUGUUCUCCAGUCUUAUUUAAGAUAAUAUCCAAUUAUGUAUAAUAUCA